CACGCCGGCGCCACGUAGCUUGAUCUAGGCGAUGGAGGUGGCGCUUGUGGAGCGGUUGGAGGCGGCGGUGGCGCGGCUCGAGGCCGCCGUGGCCUCCGGCGCCUCGCUCGCGUCGACGGCUCCGCGCGACUUCGACGCUCUGGAGGCCCGGUCGGAUCCGGCCAUCAUGGCUUACGACGAGUUCGUCGCGGAGGCCGUCGGGCGGCUCACGGCCGCGGCGGAGAAGAUCGGCGGGAAGGUGCUGGACGCGACCAAGGUGCUCGCCGAGGCAUUUGCCGUCGCCAAGGACAUGCUCGUACAGGCCAAGCAGCACCAGGUACCUGGCGGGCGCUCGCGCGAUCUGGUCGAUUUGCGUGUGCUCCGCUCGUAGAUCUCCUUGUGUUUUGCCAAUCCAAUGCGUCAUAUCACGGGGAAAUGACAGAUUUUGUUCAUCAAAUCUAAGAUCAUUCUGCUGAAGUAGUUUUUUCUGCUGAAGUAGUUUCUCUAGUAGUAAUUAGCUCCAGGAUUGUUUUCCUAUAUGUUACGAAUCGUGUAGGUAUUGGUGGAUCUAACUAAGCAAUGCUUAUUGAGUUAUUGUUACCUCACUGAGCAUUUCCCCCUUUUAUGCUGUGCAGAAACCAGCAUCAAUGGCUGAUGCGCAGGGCUUCGUUAAGCCCCUCAGUGAUGUUAUGGCAAAAGCAACUGCAAUGACCGAAGGAAGGAGACCAGACUAUUUCAACCAUUUAAAGAGUGUUGCUGACAGUCUACCUGCUUUGGCUUGGGUGGCAUUCUUAGGAAAGGACUGUGGCAUGAGUUUCCCAACGGCACAUGUAGAGGAAAGCUGGCAGAUGGCUGAGUUCUAUAAUAACAAGGUUCUUGUGGAGUACAGAAACAAAGACCCUGAUCAUGUUGAAUGGGCUAAAGCAUUGAAGGAUCUAUAUAUGCCUGGUUUGCGGGAUUAUGUUAAAAAGCACUACCCUCUUGGUCCUGUCUGGGGUCCUGCUGGAGGCGCUGUUGUUUCUCAACCAAAGGCUGCUGCUCCUACACCUAAAGCUCCAGCGGUUAAGGCUCCCCCUCCACCAGCUCCUCCUGCAGCGCCUCUGUUUAGCACAGAGAAGUCUCCAAAAUCUUCAAAGCCUAAAGAAGGGAUGUCUGCUGUCUUCCAAGAGAUUAGUUCAAAACCUGUGACUGCAGGGUUGCGAAAGGUUACCGAUGACAUGAAGUCUAAAAACCGCGCUGAUAGAAGCGGUGUUGUCAGCAGCACUGCUCCUGCUCCUGCUGCAGCUCCUGAAAAGACUUCCCGUGCAGGGUCCUUCUCUUUCAAAUCUGGACCCCCUAAACUGGAACUUCAGAUGGGACGCAAAUGGGUGGUUGAGAAUCAGGUUGGCAAGAAGACCCUUGCUAUUGAUGAUUGUGAUUCCAGACAAUCUGUCUAUGUGUAUGGAUGCAAGGAUUCUGUCCUUCAAGUAAACGGCAAGGUUAACAAUAUCACUGUUGACAAAUGCACUAAGUUUGGAAUUGUAUUCAAGGAUGUUGUAGCAGCUUUUGAGAUUGUCAACUGCAAUGGCGUUGAGGUCCAAUGUCAGGGUACGUCACCGACAAUAUCAAUCGACAACACAUCUGGAUGUCAAUUAUACUUAAGCAAAGAUUCGCUGGGAGCUUCAAUUACUUCUGCCAAAUCUAGCGAAAUCAAUGUGAUGGUUCCAAGUGGUGGCGCUGAUGGUGAUUGGGUGGAGCAUGCAUUGCCUCAACAGUACAUCCAUAGUUUCAAGGAUGGGCAGUUCACCACUUCACCAGUUUCACACUCAGGAGCGUGAAUACAAUUGUUACUGCUGUUGUUUUUGAGGUUUGUAAACAGUUUUGGGUCUUGCAGCACUGGACUCGGUCUGCGAUUGUUGUUUUUUGUUGCCCUUGCUCAGUCCGCGGUGUGUAUGUCCUGCAUGCACGUGGUUCCUUUCUGUUGGUGUUUUUGUGUGCCAACAAACCACCAAACUUGGUUUGUAUGUCUUUAGCUGAUCAUUCUUUGACACUGAAUCUCAUUAUAUUUGUAUUCAUUUGGACGCU